CGAGAUCCUCUUCCGGGGCAGAGGUCGCGCCGCCCCGCCCCUCGUCUCCUCCAAGAUGGCGAGCGGCGGCAGCGGGGGGGUGUCGGUGCCUGCGCUGUGGAGCGAAGUCAACCGCUAUGGCCAGAACGGCGACUUCACGCGCGCUCUCAAGACCGUCAACAAGAUCCUGCAGAUCAACAAGGAUGAUGUCACUGCUCUGCACUGUAAAGUGGUGUGCCUUAUCCAGAACGGAAGUUUCAAGGAAGCCUUGAACGUUAUCAAUACCCACACCAAAGUGUUAGCCAACAACUCACUCUCCUUUGAGAAGGCGUACUGUGAGUACAGGCUAAACAGAAUUGAGAACGCCUUGAAGACCAUAGAGAGUGCCAACCAGCAGACAGACAAACUGAAGGAGCUUUAUGGACAAGUGUUAUAUCGCCUGGAACGCUAUGAUGAGUGCUUAACUGUGUACAGAGAUCUUGUCCGAAACUCCCAGGAUGAUUAUGACGAGGAGAGGAAAACAAACCUUUCAGCAGUUGUUGCAGCUCAAAGCAAUUGGGAAAAAGUGGUUCCGGAGAACUUGGGCCUGCAGGAAGGCACCCAUGAACUGUGCUACAAUGCUGCGUGUGCACUGAUAGGACAGGGCCACCUGAACCAGGCGAUGAAAAUCCUACAGAAAGCUGAAGAUCUGUGCCGCCAUUCAUUUUCAGAAGACUCAGAUGUGACUGAGGAGGACCCAGAGGCAGAACUGGCCAUCAUUCACGGUCAGAUGGCCUACAUUCUGCAGCUUCAAGGUCGUACGGAGGAGGCUUUGCAGCUGUACAAUCAGAUAAUAAAACUGAAGCCAACAGAUGUGGGAUUACUCGCUGUAAUUGCAAAUAACAUCAUUACCAUUAACAAGGACCAAAAUGUCUUUGACUCCAAGAAGAAGGUGAAAUUAACCAAUGCAGAAGGUGUAGAGUUUAAGCUUUCCAAGAAACAACUGCAAGCUAUAGAAUUUAACAAAGCCUUACUUGCUAUGUACACAAACCAGGCAGAACAGUGCCGCAAAAUAUCUGCCAGUUUACAGUCGCAGAGUCCUGAGCAUCUCCUGCCAGUGUUAAUCCAAGCUGCCCAGCUCUGCCGUGAAAAGCAGCAUGCAAAAGCAAUAGAGCUGCUUCAGGAAUUCUCAGAUCAACAUCCAGAAAAUGCAGCUGAAAUUAAGUUGACCAUGGCACAGUUGAAAAUUUCUCAAGGUAAUAUUUCCAAAGCAUGUCUAAUAUUGAGAAGCAUAGAGAAGUUAAAGCAUAAACCAGGCAUGGUGUCUGCGUUAGUGACCAUGUACAGCCAUGAGGAAGACAUUGAUAGUGCCAUCGAGGUCUUCACCCAAGCUAUCCAGUGGUAUCAGAACCAGCAGCCGAAAUCUCCUGCUCAUUUGUCCUUGAUAAGAGAAGCUGCAAACUUCAAACUCAAAUACGGGCGGAAAAAGGAGGCCAUUAGUGACCUAGAACAGCUCUGGAAACAAAAUCCCAAAGAUAUUCACACGCUGGCACAGCUUAUUUCUGCUUACUCACUUGUAGAUCCAGAGAAAGCAAAAGCUCUGAGUAAACACUUGCCCUCAUCAGACAGUAUGUCUCUAAAGGUGGACGUGGAGGCUCUUGAAAAUUCUCCUGGUGCUACAUACAUUCGGAAGAAGGGUGGAAAAGUUACUGGAGACAGCCAGCCAAAGGAGCAAGGACAGGGAGAUUUGAAAAAGAAGAAGAAGAAAAAGAAGGGAAAGCUGCCUAAGAAUUAUGACCCAAAAGUUACCCCGGAUCCAGAAAGGUGGCUGCCAAUGCGAGAACGUUCCUACUAUCGAGGACGGAAGAAGGGGAAGAAGAAGGACCAGAUUGGAAAGGGGACACAGGGAGCGACUGCGGCAGCGUCGUCUGAACUGGACGCCAGUAAAACCGUGAGCAGCCCGCCCACGUCUCCAAGGCCUGGCAGUGCAGCAGCCGUGUCUGCCUCCACGAGUAACAUCAUCCCCCCGAGACACCAGAAACCUGCAGGAGCGCCAGCAGCAAAAAAGAAACAGCAACAGAAAAAGAAGAAAGGUGGAAAAGGUGGUUGGUGAUGAGAACAUUGCUGUCGUAGGCUGUUUUUAACUGGUCUCAGUGGCACUAGGAACAUAAUAAAGGCAACAGAGCAAGAA